GGUUCCAAGCAGCAGCGACCUUCCCUGUUUGGUCCUCGAUCGCCUGCCAACGUCAGCGGCAUGGCGCUACUGAAGCGCAGCUUCACCGCAGCGCUGCUCGACGAGGGCGACGACCCGUCGUACCCGUUGAAGAUGCCGGGCAGCCUCGCGCGCACCACCGCGCCGGUGGCCAAGAUGAUGCGGCUGUGGAACUACAAGCAAGGCUCGGGCCUCGGUGCCCACGGCCAAGGCAUCAUCGCCCCUAUAAAGGCUAUCCAGCAUUGCUCAACCGCCGGCAUCGGCCACUCCGAAAAGACGUACAAGAACGGCCUGCAUGGCGCGCCGGCGCCGUCGCCGCCAGCCCACGACGAGUGGCACGAGUCGGCGGCCGUCUCACGGGCCCUGCGCCUCGAGCGGGAGUGCUACGAGAAGACCCUCGCGCUGCUGCGCGACGCGAAGCUUCAAGGCGACGACAGCGCGGAGACGGCGGAGGCGCUGGCCGCUAUCGUCGAGUCCGAGGAGGUGCUCCGGGGGAAGAAGCGCGCGCAGGGCGCGUGGAGGGCCGCGCUGCCUCCUUCCGCCGUGCGACACAUCGUGGAGCAGGUGCUCACGCCGAGGAUCGCCAUGAAGGCGCCAGAGUGGGAGCCGUUGUGGAGCCCGGGCUGCGGCCACUGGCUACGCCCGUGGAUCCCCUUGAUCGGACACUUGCCGGAGAGCCUCUACGCCACCGUGGAGAGCAAGAUCAGCGGCGGCUGCUACGACGUCAUCUCCCCAUGGAAAGACUACUUGGCCCCGACGCAGUGGGAGAUCUUCUCCCGGCGUCACGUCCUGCUCAGGCUCACGCGGUGGCUGCAACAGCUGAAGAUCACACCACCAAAGCAGCGCGACACUAAGUUCCGCGAGGUGAUGUCGUGGAUGCCUCUGGUGCGCACCGAAGACGUGGUGUCGAUCCUAGAGCAGGAGUUUUUCGGCAAAUGGGAGAGCGCGCUGCGUCACUGGCUGCAGUCCGCGAGGCCACCGUGUAAUGUAAUAUGAUCGGGCUGCUAAAGUGCACGCCUCGACCGAUCUCAUUGAUUGGUAUAUAUACAGGGUUACAAAACUUGUAUUGCAAGUUCAUCAAGUCGGUUUUAACCUUAUAUGGUAACCAACUAUACAGGAUCAAUUACAACACGUGGUCGAUCCGGUUGGGGAUACGUAGAAUCAUCUAACACGCCCCCGCAGUCUGAACGUGGAGACAUGCCGUCGACGAUGUGAAGACUGGAUCGAAACUCGAGGAACAAUGGUGUCGGCAAUCCUUUAGUAAAUAUGUCCGCAAACUGUGAUGACGAUGGAACAUGUAGUACA